AUGUCGGACAGGGCGGCCUCUGCGGCAAGGACUGAACUGGAACGACAAGAGGUACCAGUCUCUUCCUUUCUAGAAAUUCAAUCAAAAGUGGGAUUCAAAGUAUCCAUUCUGAUUCAUGGUGUUCCAGAUUUGCUGAAAGGUCUUCAAAAUCCUGGUGCUCAGCUAGCUGCUGAGGAAAUACCUGUCGAUUUGGAAUAUGCAGAAGACAUCGAACAGGAGAAGGAGGCACAGAUUUCAAGGCAGCAACUCGGUGUGAAGCAACAGGAAGCCAUGAAGACUAACAAACUUUUACGCCUUGUUGCUGCUCGAAUAACCUGCCGAUCGGCUGACAAAACUAGCAAAUUGUAG